AUGGAUAUUCAACUCUUCUUCCUCACCAUUCUCCUCCUCACCAUCCCUUCCCUUCUCCUCCUCCUCCUCAACAACCUCACCAAAACCUCUCCUCCUCUCCCACUGGGCCCCCGCGGGCUCCCGAUCCUUGGCUUCCUCCCCUUCCUCCGCCCCGACAACAUGCACCUCCACCUCACCCAACUCUCCCGGGCCCACGGCCCCAUAUUCAGCUUCCGCCUCGCCACCAAACUCUACGUCGUCAUCACCUCCCCCGACCUCCUCAUGCAAGCCGUCCGCCACCACGACGCCGUCCUCGCCAACCACCAAGCCACCGCCGUGGCCCUGGCGGCCUCCGGCGGGCUUGACAUGGUGAUGGCCCCUUAUGGGCCCCACUGGCGGGCCCUCCGCAAGGAGGGAGGAGGUCAGGCGGGCCGUCAGGGAUGUUCUGGCCCAAACGGGCCGGGCCAUCGACGUCGGCGGCUUAUCUUCUCCACGGAGCUGAACGUGAUACUUGCCUUGCUGUGGGGUGGUGGGACUGAUGACGACGAGACGACUGCCCGGAGGACGGCCGAGUUCAGGGAGAAGGUCGGGAGGUUCGAGGAGCUACUCGGGAAGCUCAACGUGUCGGAUAUUUUCCCGUUUUUGGCGAGGUUGAGGGAUUCGGGAGGAUUAGGGAGUGGAGUGGAAAAAAGAGGAAAAAAGGACUUUGUGCAGAUUCUUUUGGAGCUUAAGGAGGAUGAUGGUAGGCAAACUAUGGAUAUCACUCAAAUUAAGGCCAUGUUGUUGGACAUUGUCUUAGGCGGGACGCACACGUCAGCAACAAUAAUCGAGUGGGUGAUGGCCGAGCUCCUCAAAAAUCCGCACGCCUUGCAAAAUGCACAACAAGAAUUAUCAGACAUCGUGGGACCCGACAACAUAGUCGAGGAAUCUCACAUGUCGAAACUCAAGUACUUAGAUGCAGUCGUGAAGGAGACUUUCCGGCUCCACCCUCCUCUUCCCCUGCUGCUAAUCCGAGUCCCGAGCCAGCCACUUGUCCUUGGAGGGUACACGAUUCCCAAGGAUUCGAAUGUGAUAUUGAACGCUUGGCCCAAUUACAGGGACCCGCUCGUUUGGGAAAGCCCAAACGAGUUCAGGCCCGAGAGGUUCAUUGGUGGGAAAUGGGAUUACGCGGGAAAUAACUUUCAUUAUCUGCUGUUUGGUUCUGGGAGAAGGAUGUGUCCCGGGCUUCCUUUGGCGGAGAGAAUGGUGAUGUAUUUGGUGGCCACGUUGUUGCACUCGUUCGACUGGAAGGUUCCGGAAGGGACGGAAGUUGAUAUGACCGAGAAGUUUGGCGUUGUUAUGAAGAAAAGUAGGGCGCUUUUUGCCGUGCCUUAUCCGAGGUCUUCUGCUUCGAGCAUGCAUGAUUACUGCACAUCUACAUGCAUGCUAACUUCAAGCGCAAAGGCUUCAAUUUUGCACCACAUAAAGCAAUGCAGCAAAUUCCAGCUCCCAUUACAGGGCAAGAAAGCUCAUGCCCACGUCAUCAAAUCUGGCCUGGACCUUCACGGGCCCCUCUAUCCCAACACGCUCAUCAACAUGUACGCCAAAUGCGGCCACCUCAAGGACGCCCUCCACGUGUUCGACAGAAUGCCCCACAGGGACCUGGCCUCGUGGGCCUCCAUUUUCACCGCCCACAACCAGGCAAACCUCCCGACCCGCACACUUCUCCUGUUUUCGAGGAUGAUAUCCGGCGGCGGGCCCGACCCAGACCAUUUUGUCUUUGCAAGCCUGGUCAGGGCUUGCUCGGGCUCGACUGCCCUGGGGCCCGGCCUGCAGCUGCACGCCCGAUUCCUUGUCUCCCCUUAUUCUAAUGACGAUGUAGUCAAAUCGGCCCUUGUCGAUUUUUACGCGAAAUGCGGGCUACCGGGUGAGGCUAAUAAGGUAUUUAGCUCGAUUGUUUCGAAAAAUGUGGUCUCUUGGACUAGCUUGAUGUACGGGUAUGCUCGAAUAGGAAGGAAAAGUGAAGCUUUUGAAGUCUUACACAAAAUGCCUUGUAAAAAUUUGCAUUCUUGGACGGCCCUGAUCUCGGGCUUUGUUCAGGGUGGGCACAGUAUCGAGGCAUUUAAGAUUUUCAAUGAAAUGAGGAGAGAAGGAGUUGGUGGUAAUCAUGAACCUUUCAUUUUCUCCAGCUUGAUAGUCGGUUCGGCUAGUUUGGCCAUGCUGGCGCUCGGGAAACAAGUUCACAGGCUGGUCAUAUGCCUUGGGUACGAGUCGAAUGCGUACCUAAACAAUGCGUUGAUCGACAUGUACGCCAAAUGCAGCGACAUAUUAUCUGCGGAGAAAAUAUUUAAAAACAUGAAAUUAACGAGAGAUAUCAUCUCUUGGACUUCAAUUAUAGUCGGGUUUGCCCAGCACGGCAGGGCUGACGAGGCACUCUCUUUUUACGAUGAAAUGAUUAUUACUGGCUUGAAACCAAACGAAGUAACUUUUACUGGGUUGAUCUACGCUUGCAGUCAUGCAGGCCUGGUUGAAAGAGGCUUACAGCUUUUUAACUCGAUGGUCGAUGAUUUCGGGAUAAAACCCUCCCUUCAGCACUACACGUGCUUGGUGGAUCUGUACAGCCGUUCGGGCCACCUGGAAAAAGCAGAGCACGUGCUUAACUCGAUGCCGUUCGAGCCAGAUGAGGCCGUGUGGGCCACUUUACUCAGCGCUUGUGCUCAGAAGGGUAAAACCGAAACAGGUGUUCGGAUCGCUAAUCAUCUUCUUCAGGUGGGCCCGGAAGACCCGUCAACGUGCAUUCUGAUGUCGAAUGUGUACGCUCGUGCAGCCAUGUGGGAGAGAGUGUCGGCUGUGAGAAAACUGAUGGCGAAUUUGGAGCUGAGAAAGGAACCGGGUUACAGCUGUGUUGACUUGGGGAAGGAAAACGAGGUUUUCUAUGCAGGGGAGAGUUUGCAUGCCGAUGUGAAAGAUGAGAUUUUUGAGUGUCUGAAGGAAUUGGAUGAAGAGAUGAGGAGAAGAGGGUAUUUGCCCGAUACUUCUUUUGUGUUGCAUGACAUGGAGCAACAGGAAAAGGAAAGGCAGCUGUUUUGGCAUAGCGAGAGGCUGGCCGUGGCAUAUGGGCUUCUAAAGUCGAGUCCCGGGUCAUGCAUACGUGUGAUCAAGAACCUGCGUGUUUGUGGGGAUUGCCACACGGUGUUGAAGUUUAUCAGCAGCAUUGUGGGUCGUGAGAUAGUUGUAAGAGAUGCGAAUAGUUUCUAUUGUUUGGAAUGUGACCGCCGAAGGUUUCCUAAGAGGCAGUCUUCUGGCAUUCCACAGGGCACAAUGACAAACCUUGUACAAAUUUUGUGUCAAUAUCCUUAUGGUUCUAGCAAGUGA